AUGCCGGUUAUAUUCCAUGCCCCGACCAGAACGGCUGUUGUCCCAGUGGCUCGGAUUGCACGCCGAACCAAUGUUGUCCGGCGGACUACCAAGACUGCGGUAGCAGGAACUGCUACAACCCCGAAACACAACAGUGCUGCCAGCGCAACGGCCAGGCCUGGGCGUGCCCACGGGGACAGAAGUGCUGUAGCACUGGAUACUGCUACGAUCCCAAGUCCGAGCGGUGCUGUGACAACGGGUCCUAUCACAGCAGCACCAAAACCAAACCCCGCGACAGAGGACCUACCGGCACAGGCUACCACACAGACCAUUCGCUUUGUUUAUGACGGGGAGAGAAUGGAAACCGUCAAGGAGGGGAAGUACACGGGCGAGAAGUAUAAGGCUCCGCCUAAAGCGGUUAUGCAAAAUAUGUGUGAAGGAAUCAAGAAAUUGACUGGGAGCUACAGCGACAAGGCAACAUUAACCAAAGCAUCAAAUAAACAGCGACGCAGAAAUCGACGCAAAAUGUGUACGAAGAAUGGGAAGAGCGUUUGCACGAAUGCCGUCAAUAAAUACAUAGAAAAGUUCUAUCCCAAUGGCAAAAUCCCCGAAAAAGCCAGGGAGGCCAUUGCUUCGGCAACGGACCUUCAAUGUGACGAGUUCCCAUUUGCACGGACAAAGGAAGGAGGAAGUCUUGAAUCUGGCACGACGAUCUGCGUCCCCAGUACCGAUAAUGGAUGGCAAGGCACCACCAUGAGCCCGUUUUUCCGCGGUGCGAACAAAAUCAAGUCGAACGAGCGCUUCACAAUUGAGUUGGUAGGUUGGGACUGUGAGAAACAAGCUCCAAAGGCAAGCUCCCGACGCGAAUUUAACUUGAAUGCGACUGUGACAGGAUCGGAUGCCUACCGAGGCUUCGAUCCAGAGAACCCAAAGCUGAAGGCACUGAUCAUGCCACUGGGAGAUCUUGAUGCAGGAUCAUACUCCAUCAACCUUACUACCGUGUCGGGAACAGUCAACGCCAGUAUCCGUACAUACGAUGGCGAAUCCUACGAGACGACCCAAGGACCUCAUGGAGAGAUGCUGUUUACAUUACCGGAAGAUGAGUUUGCGGUGAGUCUGGUGGGAACUACGAUGGACGACGAUGUCAAAGUCAUAUACGAGGCGAAGCAAGUCAAAACGAGUCUCAGCACUAGCACUAAAACAAGUCCCACUCAGCCCACGCCCACUCAGAAUUUGGCGCUCAUGAACAGUCCCGUUAUGAAGGGAGGACUGGUAUUUUGGUGCGCGGUAUUUGGGAUUAUGGCUGUUUGGUGA